AUGGCACCGAAGAUAAGAGAGGAUUUAGUUAUACCAUACCGUCAUGUACCAGCAAAGCCAAGGGACGAAGCAUCUGGCAUGAUUACCCAAGCAUUGCCAAUGGCGGCCAUGUUCAUGAGAAAUAAGCUUUUAUCUUGGUCAGCAUUAUUUAUCGCGCUACAGUCGUAUUUAAAUGAGCCAUCUAACAAAGUUGAAACUUCGGAAGGUUCUCAGCCUCCUCUUUUAAGAGUUCUUUUUGCUAUAAUUGCGCUCGCGACAUGUUACCUUGAUCUUUUAUUUCCUAAGUAUGGACCAGGAGCACAGAAGGCAAGGCAGGUUGUUAGUACUGCUUCAUCUACAUUGAGCUCAAUUGCUUCCACUGCUACGAAAUAG